ACAAAGUGCACGCACCUCCCCAGCAGGGGCGUGGCCACAAAAGUAGGUGUGGCUUCUCAGAGGUGGGUGGGCCUGCCUCACGGUAGGAGGGCAAGUUAGCUGCCAGCUGCGGUCAAGAGCCCGCCACUCCAUGCACGAUGCUGUUCUGGACUGCGCUCAGCCUGGCUUUGAGUUUGCGGUUGGCACUGGCGCGGAGCAGCGUAGAGCGCAGUGCCACAGCAUCAGCCCCCCAUGGGGACCUGUUGUUCCUGCUGGACAGCUCAGCCAGUGUGUCACACUAUGAAUUCUCAAGAGUUCGGGAAUUUGUGGGGCAGCUGGUGUCUGCAAUGCCUUUUGGCCCUGAGGCCGUGCGUGCUAGCCUGGUGCACGUAGGGAGUCAGCCAUACACAGAGUUUACUUUUGACCAAUACAGUUCAGGCCAGGCUGUACAGGAUGCCAUACGUGUCGCAUCCCAGCGUAUGGGUGACACCAAUACAGGCUUGGCACUGGCUUAUGCCAAAGAGCAAUUGUUUGCUGAAGAAGCAGGUGCCCGGCUAGGGGUUCCUAAGGUACUGGUGUGGGUGACAGAUGGCGGCUCCAGUGACCCCGUGGGUCCUCCUAUGCAGGAGCUCAAGGACCUGGGUGUCAUCGUCUUCAUUGUUAGCACUGGCCGGGGCAACCUGUUGGAGCUGUUGGCGGCUGCCUCAGCUCCCGCUGAGAAGCACCUACACUUUGUGGAUGUGGAUGACCUUCACAUCAUUGCCCCAGAACUCCAGGACUCCAUUACUGAUGCCAUGCGGCCACAGCAGCUUCGUGCCUCGGAGGUUAUGUCCAGUGGCUUCCGCCUGUCCUGGCCGCCCCUGCUGACAGCAGACUCUGGUUACUACGUGCUGGAGCUGGUGCCCAGUGACAAACUGGCAGCCACAAGACGCCAACAGCUGCCAGGGAAUGCCACCAGCUGGAUCUGGACCGAUCUCAACCCAGACACCGAUUAUGAAGUAGCGCUGCUGCCUGAAUCCAACGUGCGCCUCCUGAGGCCCCAGCACGUGCGAGUACGCACGCUGCAAGAGGAGGCCGGGCCGGAGUGCAUCAUCAUCUCGCAUACCAGGCCGCGCAGCCUCCGCAUAAGUUGGGCCCCCGCGCUUGGCCCGGACUCCACUCUCGGCUACCAUAUACAGCUCGGGCCUCUGCGGGGCGGCUCCCUGCAGCGCGUGGAGGUGCCCCCUGGCCACAACAGCACCACCAUCCAGGGCCUGACACCCGGCACUACUUACCUGGUGACUGUGACUGCCGCCUUCCGCUCUGGCCGCGAGAGGGCGCUAUCGGCUAAGGCCUGUACGGCCUCUGGCGAGCGGACCCGCGUCCCGCAGUCUGUGCGGCCGGAGGCCAGACCGCCAGAGCCGUGAAUUGCCUGCCCCACCCACCCGAGAGUCCCUCUUCCCUAGCCCAGUGAGGGAGGCGCCGCCGCUGCCAAAACCGAGGUUUUUCUCGGGGGUGGGAUGGGGUGGAGGGGGUGGGGAGAUAGGGUGCAGGUCCUGCCUUUGACCCGCGUGACUCCUCCAGUCGUUUUCCUACUGGUCAUGCUGGGCACCGUCCUCGCUUGACUCCCGGGAACCCAGUGGCAAGCCUGGCACGCGCAAUGGCAAUCCUCUCCGGUUGCCAGUGGAAUUGCACACAGUGGUCUCUGGGUAGCAUUUGGCGGGGAGAUGGACAGUGUCUGAGGACAGGUUAAGGACAUAAGAUUCAGGACAAGCAUUCAGGAGAGGAGGCCACGGGAUCUUAUACCUGUGCCAAAGACCGGGUCCUCUGGUGGCGAGGACUCCACAUGGCUUGGAGGAAGUGCCCAGGACCAUUCAGGUCCUGUCUGUGCAUAGACAGUGGUGGAAGACAGGGAGGGGAGACUGGUCCAGGAAGGAUUCCCAAAGGCUUCCUGAGGGAAAGGAAGGCCAGGGAGGAGUAUCGGGAGGCUAAUGAUGUUGCCAAGUAAUUUCUAUCAGGAUCCUCUACCAGCCUGGAGGCCAGGACCUGUCAGGGACACUGGCCCUGCCUUCGUGCCUGCGACUGGCACUAGGCCCUGCUAUCAGUGCCUGGGAUGCAGUCUUUUCUUCGCAGGAAUGGGAUAAGACCUUGGCAUUUAAGAUUUUGGGCAUAGGAGACCCCCUGCUAUGACAGGCUCUAAGAGAGGCUAGUGUAGGAGCUUCAUAAGGGACAGGAACAAACAACACUCCCCAGGACAGGCUCACUCCAAGGACUCUGCAACAUCUAACCCCAAGGGGUCAUGCUGAUGAGCUACCUUCUGUCCUGACCUCCUACCCUGGGGCUUCUGACAGACAGCUAAAGGUAGUCAGAAACAGGCUUCCCCUCAAGUCCCUAUGUAGACAGAGCCUCUCCUCCCAGAAUCACCAGCCCCAACCCAAGCUUACUUUGUCUUUUUCCCCACUAACGACCCAGACUCUAAAAUACAGUCAAGUCAGUUAUAAACUGUGCCUGCAGUCUCAUUAAAAUGCUUUAUUUUUCGA